AUGAAUCCUAAGAAAUGCAAGGUUUUCUUUGGGGGUUUGGAUGAUAAUUCAAAAUCUGCAAUUUUGCUUAACACAGGGUUUACUAAAGGGCAUUUUCCCAUAAGGUAUCUGGGCAUUCCUUUAGCCACCAAGAGACUUAACAUCCAUCAUUAUUUGCCUCUCAUAGAUAAGAUUGUGUGUCGAAUCCGGCACUGGACUGCUUAUCUCCUCAGCACUGCAGGUCGUAUUCAAUUGGUGAAGAGCAUUGUUGUUGCUAUCACUCAAUAUUGGAUGCAUUGUCUUCCUCUUCCUAAAGCUGUGCUCAAGAAAAUUGAUUCGAUUUGCAGGAGCUUCAUCUGGACAGGUAAAGCUACUAUUGGAAAGAAGAGUCCUGUUGCUUGGAAACAGGUUUGUCAACCAAUGAGAGCAGGUGGUAUGGACAUCCUUAAUCUCCAUAUCUGGAACAGAGUGGCUUUACUGAAAAACCUGUGGACUAUUUGUAUGAAGGGUGACAACCUUUGGGUCAAAUGGGUUCACACUUUUUUCCUGAAGGGCAAGGAACCCUUGGCUGAUAUGCAGACUUGGAAUUGUUCAUGGAUACUGAAGCAUAUCUUUGAAUGCAAACUGGAAAUCCCUAACAUUCUAUUACUUUGGAACCAGAUGAAAGCCCAAGGUGUGUUUCAUAUGACAAAAGUCUAUAGUUCCCUUGUAGGUGUGUCUGUGAGUGUUGAUUGGUAUCAUGUGAUGUGCCAUAACAUCACGCGACCUCGAGCAAAAGUUGUGCUAUGGAUGGCUUUUCAGAAUAGAUUGGCGACGAAGCAACGGUUGUUCAGACUCGGGCUUGUGCAGCAUCAAUUGUGUGAGCUAUGUGGAAAAGAGGAAGAAAGCCUUGAUCACCUGUUAUUUGCCUGCCCCCAUACUGCAGGAAUAUGGAAUGCUAUCUUGUGCUGGAUGGGAAUUAGCGAUUUCAAGAAUUUGAAUUUCGAUUGGAUCAAGCAAAAAACCAAAGGUAAAGGUCCUAGAAUGAGUCUGCUUAAAGUUGUGGUUGCAGAGGUGAUCUAUGGCAUUUGGAUGUUUAGAAAUAGAAGAAUUUUUGACAGCUUGGGUCAGCAUAGUGACAUUGAUUGUAUAGUUAGAAGUAUACAAAAUAUAAUUGUAUAUAGAGGAUGGGUGAAACCCAUCUAUAGAAAGGUUUUAGUUGACAUGCUUAUGUAA